CAUUUUUGCAUAACUGUAUGUAAGGUACUCAAACUCAAAAUGUCGGGUACAUGUUGAAGUAAAUACAACAGAGGGCGCUGUGCACCAUGUUUUCAGUUGACAGCGAAGGUCGCAGGUAAAAGAAACAACAGAAUAAGAAUAAAUUAAUGAAGGAAUGAGAAAUAAAUACAUAUAGUCACACGGUUGUUUUAAAUGUAUUCAAAACGAUUAAAAUGUAAAUUUAUUAACUGACUGUAAAUUCAACUCUAACUCCAAUACUGAUAUUUGCAUCUACAAACGAACACAAACUCUCUUAUAUACACAAACUAACUGACACACACACACACACACAGGUAGGGUAGAAGAGUGGAAGAAUUGGCCCUCCGGCCAUAUCAGAUGAGGGAGUCUUUUGCCUAUCUCCUCCAUCUCUUUCAGUCUAAACUUCACUGUCCGCCACCACCUUUGAAUGACAAUGGCGGCGUGGGAGGCUGACGGCAGCCUCUCAAAGCUCUGAAUGAAGUCUGAUCUGUGCGCACUGUUAAGAAAACACUGCACACGACAGUAGAGGAGACACUGUGGCUGCAGGAGUGGGAUUUAAACCGGCAACGCUCUGAGGCCAACAUGUGGGAGCUGCUUGGUGUAGAUGAUGGAGCUCAAUGGUUGGUGCUGCUUUUUGUUGUUGUUGUUGUUGUUGUUGUUGUCCAAACAACAGUCUAAACAGUGAGCAGACACAGCGUAUGCAAAUCAAGUGGAAAAGUGGCAAAACACACCAGUACACUGGCUGAGGUAUGUGCUGCAGGGCACUAUGGGCAGGGAGGUUGGGUUUCAUCAGAACCUCGCCUGAAGCGCAGCUCAGAAAGGAGGAGGAGGGAGAGAGAGGAGGAGGCAGGCGAGGAGGAAGGGGGGGGGGGGGGUGAGCCAAUGAGAAGACAGCAUCCAGCCCAACUCUCUAUAACUCAGUGUGACUGAGGGUGAGAUGCCACAACUGAGUCUCAGCAGCGUGGAGUGUAACUGUGGACUAUAGCCUCUCACUUCCCGUGCGUCUUUGAGCGCGCGCACGCACAUACGCACACACACGUUCCCGAUCUAGACAGCUCUCAGCAUCCGAACUCCCUCAUCAAGACACGUCAAACCACUGGGACGUUUUUGUACGAACUUUGGACGGAAACGGCGCCUUGUCGACCAUGAGCGCCGCACAGACGUACGACAAGAAGAUCUCGAGUAUUUUGACCGACCUGCCAGGAUCUAUGAGCUGCCACCCGAGCUCCAAGGACUCCCCGACUCUGCCCGAGUCCUCGGUGACGGACAUGGGCUACUACAGUGGACAGACGGCGCACAACCAUCACGAAUAUUACCAGAGUCAGGCGUACGGACAGCCCAUGAACUCUUACCACCAUCAGUUCAACCUGAACGGCAUGGGAGCCGCAGGGGCGUACGCCACUAAAUCUGAAUACCCUUACACGAACAGCUACAGACAGUACGGACAUUACAACAGAGAUCACCUGCAGGCCUCACCUCCAAGCUCAGUGAAAGAAGAGCCAGAGCCGGAGGUACGCAUGGUGAACGGAAAGCCCAAAAAAAUCCGAAAGCCCCGGACCAUCUACUCCAGCUACCAGCUGGCUGCUCUGCAGAGACGCUUCCAGAAGGCGCAGUAUCUGGCUCUGCCCGAACGAGCCGAGCUGGCGGCUCAGCUGGGUCUCACUCAGACACAGGUGAAAAUCUGGUUCCAGAACAGGAGAUCCAAGUUCAAGAAGAUGUACAAGAACGGCGAGGUUCCUCUGGAGCACAGUCCCAACGCCAGCGACUCCAUGGCCUGUAACUCCCCUCCUUCCCCGACGGCCUGGGAGAACAGUACGGCUCAGAACACCCCCAUCAGCAGACCUCAGGUCCAGCAGCCGACACAAAGCUCGUCGCCGCCGUACCUGGAGGACUAUAGCAACCACUGGUACCAGCAGGGACCGCACCUACAGCACCCGGGCCCCAUGCACCACCCAGUCCCGCAGCAAAGCGUGGGAGCUGUUUAUUAACACUGACUUCCAAAAAGAAAGAAAAAAGAAAGUUCCCACUUUUUUUUUUACCCACCACCGUUCUCCAUAACGAGGUAUUCCCACAGAGACUCCGCAGAGCAAAGCUGGGACCUGACCCGGGAUCAGCUGACUGGUUUUUGGAUGACCGUGUUUUCAGAACUGGGUUUUCCACCUCAGAGCAGCAGAGGGGUGUUCUGCCCCCACGUGGCAGCGUAUUUAAAGGAUAUCUGGCGUGUUUUUUCCUCUCCUUUUUUGUUAAAUUAUUUAUCCCUCCUUUUGUAAUUUCUUUUUUUUAAUCUCAUUUCAUUUUGUUUUGUAAAUGAGCAGACCUAUACAAAGCCCCUCGACCCCUCACUUCAGGACUGUGCAGCUGACCCGUCUUACCGUGCGGGCGAGUUUGUACUGUAGACCCAGCGCCUUAAGAGAAAAAAGAGAAAAAUCUCAGGUCAUAUUUAUAAUGGAUUUGUACAAAAUUAAAAACGUGGAAGGUUGUAAAUAUGUGUUUAUAUGCAGAACCACUAUGAUCCUAUUUGUCGGACGGAACCAGCGCAGUGUGGCGCCUCCAGAACCAUUUUAUAUCAAUGUAAUUAGUUCACUUGUUGCCUUACUUUUUUUGUCCAUUGAAUAAAGGUGUUAAUUGCAUGUUCUGUGUCCAGAGCUUUUAUACUGGGAAGAAAAAGCAGAGAAGAGACUUCCCGUUGGUUCAGAUUCCUGCCUUUGACAAACAGCAGAGGAAAUUAAAUAUAAUUAAGUUUCUGCGUCGACUCGGUCUGGAUGAGUCUGUUAGAGACAGAGACAGAGACAGAGACAGAGACAGAAUAAACGACACAAACCAGUUUGACUUUUGAUUUGUUGAUGUUUACGCUGCUGCUCUUCACAUGUAAUGUCUGCGAGAGUGGAAAACCAAACUCCAUUCAAAGGUUAGAGCCAAUUAAAAACAUCUCAAUCAUUUAAUUAUUGCACCCUUUAUUUUGUCAUGUUCGUGUUUACAGCCUGUACAAAAUACCAGACGGGCCCUAAAUACAACGAGUUUGUUUUGUCUGCAUUUUUCACCCGUGUGUUUAUAAAGGAAGUUAGUAACACUGUGUGGCCCAGACAGAUUUAGAGGAGAGA